CGUAAAGCUCAGUCUAGAACCAAUGGGAUAGAACAGCCAUUGGGGGAAGUGCUGCACGCGAACUGUGGAGGGAUCUCUGGAGUGAAAAAAAAGACGUAAAAGAUUUAACUGUGGACAGAUUGUACCGGAUCCAAAAACAAUAUUCUGUGGAGAUCUAGAAAUAUUAUCCCGAAUUAUUUAAGCUUGGACAUUGAAUCCGAGCGGACCGGAUAAGAUACUUGCACUGUGGGAGUUGAUCUGGGGAUACAAGCAGUGGAAAAACACUUUAGCUAGCCUAGCCAGCUAACUGAGCUAGGAACCAUCGAAAACCGGAGCAUCAGAUACACUGACCUGCUAGGCUCCGUGCGAAUCCAGGGACUUGCUUAAUGAAUUAUGUCUGCCACAAGCAUUGACCCUCAGAGAUCAAAGGGACAAGCAUCUAAAGUGCAAAAUGGUUCGCUGCAUCAGAAGGAGACUGUCCACGACAAUGACUUUGAGCCGUACCUCACUGGCCAAUCAACCCAGGUGCGUGACUGGCCGCAGAACAGCAGCUACCAGUCCAUGACCGACCCCUACCUGUCCAGCUACUACGCCCCCUCCAUCGGCUUCCCCUACCCCCUCAGUGAGGCCCCCUGGUCCACCGGUGGAGACCCCCCAAUCCCUUACCUCACCCCCUACGGACCCUUGAGCAAUGGAGACCACCACUUCAUGCCCGACACCGUGUUUGGCCAGCCUGGAGGGCUUGGCAGCAGCAUCUACCCCCACCGCUUUAACUUUUUCCCUGAGAACCCGACCUUCUCCGCCUGGGGCACCAGUGGCUCCCAGGGCCAGCAGACUCAGAGCUCAGCCUACGGUGGCAGCUAUAGCUACCCUCCCAGCUCCCUGGGUGGCACACUGGUGCCUGACGGCCAGACAGGCUUCCAUAGCGACACCCUCAACAAGGCCCCUGGCAUGAACAGCCUGGAGCAGGGCAUGGUGGGCCUGAAGAUCGGUGGUGACCUCACAGGCCAGGGGUCAGGAAUCAAGGCUGUGGGCUCUGUGAUUGGUGGACCGCCGGUUGUGGCACAGGGGAACGGGGGUACGUCCAUCGGUAUGCCCCCGCCGAAGCCCGCCUCCUGGGCGGCCAUCGCUAGUAAGCCGGCCAAACCCCAGCAGCUGAAGACCAAGGUGAAACUAGGGAUGCCCAGCCCUGGGGGAACCCUGCCCCCUCCGCCCAUCAAACACAACAUGGACAUUGGCACUUGGGACAACAAGGGGCCUAUGAAUAAAGUGGCCCAAGCCCCCAUGCAGCAGCAGCAGGCUAUGAGCAUGCCCCAUGGCCACCCCAUGCAGCCCCAGACCCCCAUGCAGCAGAACCCCAUGCAGCCCCCUCCCCAGUCCCUGCUGCAGCAGCAAAUGCAGCCCAUGGCCUUACACCACCAGCACCCUCCUCAACCCUACCAACACCAGACCCAACCCCCACCUCCCCAGACCCGUUGGGUUGCCCCGCGCAACCGUAACCUUGGAUACGGACAAGGAGGGGCCGGCAUGGACGGUAGCAGUAUGAUUGGCAUAGUCAGCGGGGGUAAUGGCGGUCCCCCUGGUUCUGCCAGUAUGGUCCCUGGUGGAGUGGAAAACCACCCGGUGUUGGAGAAGCUGCGUGCCGCCCACAGCUACAACCCCAGGGUGUUUGAGUGGAACCUGAAGAACGGCCGUGUGUUCAUCAUCAAGAGCUACUCUGAGGACGACAUCCACCGUUCCAUCAAGUACUCCAUCUGGUGCAGCACCGAGCACGGCAACAAGCGCCUGGACGGGGCCUUCCGCAGCCUCAACGGCAAAGGACCCGUUUACCUGCUGUUCAGCGUCAACGGCAGCGGCCACUUCUGCGGCGUGGCCGAGAUGCGCUCGUCCGUGGACUACGGGACCAGUGCCGGCGUGUGGGCGCAGGACAAGUGGAAGGGCAAGUUUGACGUGGACUGGCUGUUUGUUAAGGACGUGCCCAACAGCCAGCUGCGCCACAUCCGCUUGGAGAACAACGACAACAAGCCGGUGACCAACUCCCGGGACACUCAGGAGGUCCCUCUGGAGAAGGCCAAGCAGGUGAUGAAGAUCAUCGUGGGCUUCAAGCACACCACCUCCAUCUUCGACGACUUCUCCCACUAUGAGAAGAGGCAGGAGGAAGAGGAGGAGGUACGCAAGACCUUUGAGCCGCCUGCACCCAUCCAGAACCGUUCUCGGCUGGAACAGGAGCGCCAAAACAGGAGUAAACAGCAGUAGAAGACAUUUAUCCUUGGCUUGAUCAACAGUUACACUAGGACAUUCGAUUUAAGAGACAGAAUAAUUCAGAAAUUAUAUUUAAAAAAAAAAAAAAAAAGUUCUUUUUUUUCUAUUUAAUCCUGGUGAAUUUCUGCCACCACCGUGGAGACUUGCGCUUUCCGGCCCCAGGUACCACCCAUCACCUCUUGUGCAGGGAUAACAAGCUGAGUUCAUGUAUUACCUAGCCACCACCAUCGCAUUGUUUUAGUUCUGGUUGACUUCGUUUUUUUACGUUCUCUCCCAUAUACUCUUUCUCGUCAGACUGGAUUUGUUUUUGACCUCUCCUGACCCCUCCCUAAUAACUCUUCCUGGAUUUGUUUUUGACCUCUCCUGGCCCCUCCCUAAUAACUCUUCCUGGAUUUGUUUUUGACCUCUCCUGGCCCCUCCUAAUAACUCUUCCUGGAUUUGUUUUUGACCUCUCCUGGCCCCUCACUAAUAACUCUUCCUCGAAUUGAAUCAGGGUUUGACAGCACCAAGGAGAAGAGAGAAUAUCUGCCACUUUAUAUUUCUGUACAAUCAGGAACUGCCGUGUCCUUCCCCUGUUUGUCCAUUGGGGGGCGGUGUUGUCAUCCUUCAGAGGUUUAACUGUGCCAACAGGGUUGGAGGAUCCCAAAGGCAAAAAAUGUUCGGACUUAGAACUGUGUGUGAUAAUGAGACUUCAGUGGUUUAUCUAUUUUUCAUUCAAGAUCAACAAAGUCUAUAUUUUAUGGCUUUACUACUGACAAUUUUCAGUUCAGAAAGAUGAUUUUUCUGGAGCCUUAAUAUUUUGUUUUCAAGUUAUUGAUGACUUGUCAAAAGAAUCUUUAACUGACAGUGCUGGAGAAAUCAGGGAUAGUCUGAAGUCAGACUUGGGACAUUUCAAAGGAGGAAGUGUGCAAAGGCCUCUGGGAAGGAAGUAACUGAUGGGUGUCCUCCACGACGAUGGAGCUCUCACCAUCUGAAUUGAAAAUUAUACUAUUUUACAUCCCUAACACCCUUCCACUUUGUUUUGAUAAAUGACAUUUGUCUUGAAGAAGUUGUGUCAUUAUCAGGAGAUUAUGUUCACGUACUCAAGCCAGUCUGAGAGAAAUGUAGCAUUCACCAUUUUAAAUGAAUUAUUUUAUAGUUGGAAUGAUGUGCUGUAACUGCUAUAUAUGAAUGAAUUGUUUCUCUAUUUGGAAAAAUCACUUGGGUUAAUUAUCCGUUCAUCAUAAAUCUGUCUUAAUCUGUUGUUUUGUUUGACUUUCUUCUCAAAAUGUGUUUUUUCUGUAAAUCUCAUGUUCUUGUUAAUGCUAAGAUUUAACUUAGGAGCCUGUAGUCAUGGAGAUGACCUGAAAUGAGCAACUGAUUUACUAUCAAGAGUAAGAAAACAAAUAAGAACUAAAUAUGGUUUCUGUGUUUUUUGUUGGUCAAAGUCAUUGAAAAUAAGUCAGUGGUAUCAGGAAUUAUCUAUCCAUCAAGAUUGAUUGGUGGUUGAACAUUGAAUGAUAAACAAUUAUCCCAAUUAUCCCUAAUUAAUAGCCCACAAUGUGCAAUCAUGCAGGCUGCAAUCACAGUCUGGUAACCUUGAUUACAUUGUGGUUAAACACUAUACAACCCUUUUGAGUAAUGGUUGGCACAACGAUUUCUUUCCAGUACAGUUCCUUUAUUGACAGUACAGCAGUAUUUCCUUUGUUCUCUUACUGAUCUCAGACAUGCUGGAUUCCCAUUCUGCACAGAGAGACUGGGUAGAAACUGUUCUGUGUGCCAUUCAGUCCACUCUCUUGUGUUGUAGGUUUAUUCUGACUUGAGCAUUAAACCUGGAAUUCUGUGACAUCACAGUGUGUGUGAGCAAGAGAGAGACAUGGAUGUGAAUGCUGUCCCUCACUCUUACUGCACAUCAGUGGAGGAGCUAUAGGAGGACGGGCUCAUUGUAGUGGCUGGAAUUAAAAUAACUGGAACGGAGUCCAACGUGGUUUCAAUAUGUUUGAUAUCGUUCUAUUGAUUCCAUUCCAGCCAUUACAAUGAGCCCGUCCUCCUAUAGCUCCUUCCACCAGCCUCCACUGCUGUACAUGAGUGUGAACCCGCAUCUUUUGUGUUCAUGGAGUUGUAACAGCGUUGUUUCUUGCCAUGUGCCUGGAUCAGUUCCAGACUUGCUGGAUGUUUGUGUAUCACCACAGCCCAGUCUCAGAUGUUGCGUAGCUGCUCUUUUCCCUGGCCGGUGUAGUGUAGCCCCUGUAUGUCUGGAGACAUGACCUUUGACUUCGUACAGGGGAUGUCCGGGUGCAUCUCAAUAGUCUUAAGGGGCUUCCUUCCUCUCCUCCAUCUGCAGUAAUGUGAAAAUGGAGUUAAAGCCAUAUGGGGUGGGUGAUUUCUAUGGUGUUUUCUUCCACAAGUUGUCUUUCACACCAGUAUAGAUGAAGGAAAGGAGACAAGUGGAGGAAGCCACUUGAGAUUAUAGACAUUGCUGUUUUUCUUUCGGUCAAGAAGCAUGAAAUGGAUGUGAUGCCUAUAGUUCAGGACUUACAUGCACGUGUCGAGUUGUUUGCUGCAAUAGAGGGCCAUGUGUAUGGUUCUAAAAUAAAGGAUAUGUCUACUACACUAAAGGAAUAAUGACGUGAUAUAAAACAAAUAUUAAUACAAUUAAUUAUUGUAUAGACUUGCAAGUAAACCACUUUAGCUAUAUCAGUGGGAUCAACCUGUAAGGUUUUGAAAGCUCUAUCUUGGUUUAUUAUAUUUUUUCCUUUAGAAAAAAAUCAAGCCUUAAUAAACUGUAUAUUUAGCAACAAUCA